AAUAUCUCUCUCUAAAAAAAAAAGAAAAACGUAGUCCCUUGUGUAGCGGUAUAGGAACGGAGCGGAGUCGAGAAGACGACUAAAAACUCUCUCACUUCUUCUUUCUUCUUCUUCUGUAAAACCCUAAUUAUCGAUCUCUUAUUUUCUUUCUCUCUCUAGACCCCAAUUUUCUCUCUCUAGAAUUUUCGAUCCUCCUCUUCCCCUAAUAGAUCCAUUUCCGCAAUCACUUCCACGAAGGAACGAGCGACAAUUGUACGCACAGCACAAAUCCUUUGUCUCUCUCUCCUCUUUCCCCCUCUCUCUCUCUCUCCUGUCUCUGCAAUCAAUCAAUCCCUUUGUUUUUCUCUCAAUCCGACUCAAAUUUCCUUCUCGGCGCGCAGAAAUUUGGAAUCUUCAGCCCUCGAUCCGCGAAGGGUGAAAAUCUUUGUUCUUUCUUUUUUGGGGAUUGGGUUGAUUUUCUAGGGUUUUUGGAUUUCGGAAUUUUGGGGGUGCGUCAAGGCUGGCUAGUGUAAGGGCCAUGUAAAUGGCGGAUCCGCCAGGUAUCCGCCGACCGGAUUGUGGUGUCGCCGCCGCCAUCGUGUUCUCGGGAGAAGCUUCGAGAGUUUUCGGUGUUCGAUUGGUUUCGCAUAUUGCUUUCGAGAGUGAAUAAGUGAAAAAGCAUGCUGAGCGUGGUACGCGUGCAUCUGCCCUCUGAUAUCCCCAUUGUAGGCUGCGAGCUCACGCCCUAUGUCCUCCUUCGCCGCCCCGACAAGACCGUCACCACCGACGAUGUGCUGGAGUCCGCUCCGAUUGAUGGUCAUUACUUGAGAUACAAGUGGUAUCGGAUACAGAGCGAUAGAAAAGUUGCCCUUUGUAGUAUACAUCCAUCUGAACAAGCAACGUUGCAGUGCCUUGGCUGUGUUAAGACCAAAAUACCUGUUGCGAAAAGUUAUCACUGCUCUCCCAAGUGUUUUUCAGAUGCGUGGCAGCACCAUCGUGUUCUUCACGACCGUGCUGCGAGUGCUGUGAAUGAAAAUGGAAAUGAGGAGGAUGAGUUGUUUGGGCGCUUCAAUAGCGCAUCGUCUGGGAGUCUCAAUGCCAGUUUACCAAGUUCGGCAUCAAGCACUAGCUUGACUAAUGGUUCGACACCUCUAUACCCUGCAGCUAUUACACAAAGGAGUGGUGGUGAGACUUGGUUUGAGGUUGGCCGCUCGAAAACGUAUACACCAACUGCUGACGAUAUUGGGCAUGUUCUGAAGUUUGAGUGUGUUGUCGUGGAUGCUGAAACAAAGUUAUUUGUCGGACAUGCUAAUACUAUCUUAACUUCUCGUGUCAUUCCAGCACCUUCUCCUAGUCCACGUCACUUGAUUCCUGUAAAUGGAGCUGAUGUUAUGGGGCAUAUAGAGAUAGAUGGCCGGAUUUCAUCUUCUGGAACUUUUACUGUGCUCUCAUAUAACAUUUUGUGUGAUGCCUAUGCCACUAGUGAAUUAUACAGCUAUUGCCCUUCAUGGGCACUUUCUUGGCCAUACCGCAGGCAGAAUUUGUUGAGGGAAAUUGUUGGCUAUCGUGCGGAUAUAGUUUGUCUUCAGGAGGUUCAAAGUGAUCAUUUUGAGGAGUUUUUUGCUCCGGAACUGGACAAACAUGGCUACCAAGCGUUGUAUAAGAGAAAAACAAAUGAGGUCUAUAAUGGAAACCCCCAAACAAUUGAUGGCUGUGCAACAUUUUUCCGCAGAGACAGAUUUUCACAUGUCAAAAAAUAUGAGGUCGAAUUUAAUAAGGCUGCACAGUCAUUAACUGAUGCUAUGAUUCCAAGUACUCAAAAGAAAACUGCUUUAAGCCGAUUGGUUAAGGACAAUGUUGCACUCAUAGUAGUUCUUGAAGCAAAAUUCAGUAAUCAGGGUGCUGAUAAUCCUGGGAAACGACAACUUCUUUGUGUGGCAAAUACACAUGUAAAUGUCCACCAAGAUCUAAAGGAUGUCAAGCUUUGGCAGGUUCAUACUCUUUUGAAAGGAUUGGAGAAAAUAGCUGCCAGUGCAGAUAUCCCAAUGUUGGUUUGUGGAGAUUUUAAUUCUGUUCCUGGAAGUGCUCCACAUGCGCUUCUUGCCAUGGGAAAGGUAGAGCCGUUGCAUCCAGAGUUAGCAGUAGAUCCUCUAAAUAUACUGCGCCCUCACAGCAAACUGAUACAUCAGCUGCCACUGGUUAGUGCCUAUUCAUCAUUUGCAAGACCAGGAGUUGGUCUCGCUUUGGAGCAGCAGAGGAGGAGACUAGACCCGUCGACAAACGAACCAUUAUUUACAAAUUGCACUAGAGAUUUUAUUGGCACCUUAGAUUACAUAUUUUACACAGCGGACUCGUUAUCAGUUGAGUCCUUAUUGGAGCUCUUGGAUGAGGAAAGCUUGAGGAAAGACACAGCACUUCCUUCUCCAGAGUGGUCCUCUGAUCAUAUAGCACUACUAGCUGAAUUUCGCUGCAAGCCUAGACCUAGACGUUGACACAUUCAGAUUGGCCAAGGUCGGGUGACAUCAAGAAAAAAAAAAAAAAGGCUGAGAGAAGCCAUUUGGAUAAAGAUAAGUUAUUGUAAGAAUGGUAGAUCAUGUCCGCAUGUUCUUUUCCAGGUAUCUCUUCGCGGGAUCCUUGCUAUGAUCUGCUUUGUAUUAUGCCACUUUUGUUUCAUAGAAAAAUUUAUGAUGAUGCCUUUUUCAAUCGCUUAUCUUUUUUCCUGCCUAUAGAAAUUUUCUUGGAGUUACCAAGCCGUUCAAUAUAACCUAGUCAUCAUCCUGUACUCUUAUAUCUUUCGAGCCAAGUGGUUACUGGCCCGCAAUUGUACGUUCUUCUUUUUAUAUCAGGUUCUCCAUGUUUCCUAGGAUUUGGUCACAGUGCCUAGUCGAUUUUGCUCUUUGGGUUGAGGAAACAGGAGAAGAGGAAUAAUCUUUUAUUUCAA